AUGGCAUCAUUUACAAACUAUCGAAGCUCCAAUACGAAUCGAUCACUCGAUGAUCCAUCGAAAGAUCUUAGAUCUAAUAUUCGUGAAAGUCGUUUGAUUCAACCCGAACAAUGGCAAUCACCUGAAAUUCAAGACAAAUUUGAUAAGGGUUCAAUCGAUUUCGCUGAAGUACAUUCAUUGCUUCAACAACUCGGUAUUAAAGUUCAAAAAUUUGAAUUGGAUACAAUUCUUGAGAAACAUGAUCGAAAUAAAGAUAAAAAAUUGAGUAAAGAAGAAUUUGAAAAUCUCUAUGUUAAACUGCGCGCUGAAAAAGAUCCUGGUAGUACAUGGGGCCGUACGGUUAAACCAACAGCUGGAGGUGUUGAUCGGUUUGUUACACGACGUGACGCAACUGAUGAUCCAGAUGCUCAUCCAUCCGGUGUUGAACAACAACAAGAAGCAUCGGGACCAUAUCAUAGUGUAUUAGUAGAAGAACGUGUUUGGACAUCCAAUUGGCUGAAUCAACUUCUUGCUGACGAUAGUCAUCUAAAUUUACAUGCUAAUCCUAUUGAUUCGACUGAUCCACAAGCACUCUACAAAAGAUGUCAGGACGGCAUACUCCUUUGUAAAUUAAUUAAUAUUGCGGUACCGAAAACAAUCGAUGAACGAGCUAUUAACUUAAAUCUAUCAAAACAAGAUAUUUUUCGUCAAGGUGAAAAUUUAGAACUUGCAAUUAAUUCUGCUCGUGGUAUUGGUUGUAAAGUAGUUAAUAUUCAUCCAGAAAAUAUUUCUAAAGCUGUACCUCACCUGGUCAUGGGUCUUCUGUGGCAAAUAAUACGAAUUCAAUUAACCAGUGAAAUUAAUUUAAAACAUGUUCCUGGCCUUGUAUUACUAUUACGAGAUGGUGAAACACCUGAAGAUCUAUUAAAAUUAUCACCCGAGGAAUUGCUGUUACGUUGGGUUAACUAUCAACUUAAACGGUCACAAUAUAGUGGUAAACCCGUCACUAAUUUUAGUGGUGAUAUUAAAGAUUCUGAAGCAUAUACACAUCUACUUAGUGUUAUCGCUCCAGCUAAUACCAAACCACCAGUAGGACUUACUCCAUUAAAGGAAGAUGAUUUACGUCGUCGAGCUGAACUCAUGUUAAAAGAAGCCGAUAAAAUUAAAGCUCGUGCACAUAUAACACCUGAAGAUGUUGUUAAAGGAAAUCCAAGACUUAAUUUUGCUUUUGUGGCUAAUUUAUUUAAUACAUAUCCAACAUUAGAUCUCCCCACUGAACAAGUACCAGAGCCGGGUCUUAUUAUUGAAGAAACUCGAGAAGAAAAAACUUAUCGAAAUUUUAUUAAUAGCCUCGGUCUUGAACCACAUGUGAAUUAUCUAUAUUCUGAUCUCUGUGAUGGUCUAAUUAUUCUUCAACUUUAUGAUAUAAUUCGUCCAAAUACAGUUGAUUGGUCUAAAAUAUAUAAAACAUUUAAUGCAAUUAAAGAACGUUUUCAAAAAUUAAACAAUUGUAAUUUUGCUGUUGAUUAUGCAGUUGAGCCUCUUCAUUUUAAAAUGACAGGUAUUGGCGGUCCAGAUAUACUCGAAGGCAAUAAAACAUUAACACUUGGUCUUGUUUGGCAAAUAAUGCGUGCUUAUACAUUAUCAAUUCUUCAAAAACUAGCACAAUCAACAACUCCUAUUGCUGACAAAGAUAUUAUAAAUUGGGCUAAUCAAAAGUUGAAAAGCGCAAAUAAAAAAACAGUUUUAACAAAUUUUCAAGAUCACUCAUUGAGUGAUUCAAUGCUUAUUUGUGAUUUAAUUGAUGCGAUCAAACCAGGUUCAAUUCAAUAUAAUUUACUUAAAACAGCUGGAACGCCUGAAGCUAAAAUGGAUAAUGCUUUAUAUGCAAUAUCAAUGUCACGAAAAAUUGGUGCUCGUAUUUAUGCAUUACCUGAAGAUAUCGUUGAAACGAAACAAAAAAUGCUUUUAACAGUUUUUGCUUGUCUUAUGGCAAAACAUAAUGGACGUAUUCAUACUCAUUCGAUAAGAAAACAUAGUAUAGGCGCCAUGGUGGACGAUUUACGAUAUUGGCAUGCAUCCGAUGGAGAAAUCAGCGUAUCAACAGAACGGUUUAAGCAUGGUACAUCAAGUUUGAAAUGGGUAUGGUCAUCAUCGUCAUUAUUGACCUAUACCAAUCCUAAUGUUUUUCGUGCAACAAAAUGGGCGAAUAAUAUAUGUUUUGGUUUUUGGUUGUACAAUGAAGAAGUAUCAACGUUAGACGAAAAUAAUCCUCCGCAACCACUCUAUGUCGAAUUCUUAACGCAAUCAGAUCCUGAACCAAUUGCACGUCUUUGGUAUCAUGUUAAUUUCUAUGGAUGGCGACCAUUAGGUUUACGAUAUACUCUUUUACCUCAAUUUAAAAAUAAUCUAUCUCGUAUCCAUGGUAUUCGUUUUUAUCCACCAGCGAAUAUUUCUAGCGGUGUUUAUUAUAUUAAUGCUUUUAAUAUUGAGUUUAAACAUGCAAUCGGACCUCAAGAUGAUUAUCAGCAGCCAUGGGCCACACAGGAAUAUAUACAACGAUUAAGUGAUGAACCAUCGAAAUGGUUAUUUAAUUCAAAUAAUAUUUUUCAUAAUCGGCCAUGGUUAUCAGAACAUGAAGUGAAUGCAUCCGCCGAUGGCUUCAAUAAAUUAAAAGAUCGAUGGCUUGCAAGUUUACCUUAUGGAACAUGGUCACCAAGCACAAAACCGGAACCAUUCAGCAAAUUACAAACAUUAGCAGCACCGUAUGGUAUUAAACCGCAUACGAUUUCAAAUGUACCAUUAGGUAAAGGUGGGUUUCAUUCACCGACUAAUGCAUUAGAAAUUCAACCAUUUCUAUUGGGUCCAUUAAAACGAACUGCAACCACAUUUCAAUGUCAUAGACAUAGUGGUAGUGUUGACAGCGAAGAAGGUCAAAAUGUAUGGGGACUAUUAGUUCAAUUAUGUGAAUAUUUACUAGAGCAAGGAUGGGCCGAAGGAAAUCGCAAUCUCGAAGGCCAUUUAGAUAUUGGAUAUGAAAUACGAAAUUUCCCAAUGUGUCUCACUUAUAUUCGUAAUGAAUUAAAUGAAGCCGACACAACAGGUUCAAUAUUUAAAGCCGCUAUGUGGAUUAUGUAUGGUCAUUUACUUACCGAACAAGAAGCAUCAAUAAUGAAUACAGAUAUUAUUCAUAAUUAUCUUACAAAUGUUUCUCGACUUAUUGUUUGUUUGUCUGAUCAAACUGAGUCUAUUCAUCGCAUUAGUGCAUUGCGAUAUGUUUUGGAUCAUUGUUUUGAAACUCGUAUUCAUGAACCUCUUGCUUUAGACGGCACUGUUCAUCAUCAUUGGAUGUGUCAUUAUGAAUAUGCAUCUUACGCAUUACCUGACAUAGUAAAAUUUGCAUCAGAAAUGAACGAUACAGAAUUUCGUUUUUCGAAUAAUAUUCGUCGUAUUAUUCGACGUUGUAUUUUUACUUUGAAUUUUUGUCUUAUUGAAAACGAAAAAAUACCAGCCAAUCUUAAUGCUCGAGCUGGAAAUUGUGUUUUAUGUAAUGGCCUUAAUUUAACAAAAAAGUGUAUUUCUAUUUGCAAUGAAGGCUAUUCUUAUGAUCCAUUCUUUGCUGGAUUAUUGAUCACUCUAUGUCCAAAAAAUGACAAGAAUAUUGCGACGUAUCUUGAAGAUCAUGUCGAACCGAUUCCACUCGAUGGUCAUCUAACUCUCAAUUCAACAUCAGCUUCGAUUCAUCGUCGUUCGAACUUUUUUGUGGCUGUUGUCGGUAUGGGUAAAAAUCGACGUGGUCUUGAAAUAUACGGUUGGUUACAAGAAUCGAAUAGUUAUGGUGAAUAUGCUCGUAAUUGUUCUGUAUUUCUUGUACCAGCAAAUAAUCAAGGCGUUAUCAAAUAUUCGAAUGCUGGUUGUGGUUAUCCAGGUUGGAAUUGGUCACAUUGGCCUGGUACAACUUGUUUAAUCAAGCCACCGUCAGAAUUAUUUGAAGGUUAUUGUAAUUUAACAGCUAAAAAUUGGUUAGCUGGUGGAACAUCAAUAGCUGGUCGCGAUGGAAUGUUUAGCAAUGAUUUUCUUGUUUUUGACAUUGCUUUUCGUCGUUCUGUUUAUUGUUUCGACAAUCGUAUUACAGUUUUGACAACGAAUUUAAAAUUAUUGCAACAAAUAAAACGACCUGUUGUAACAACAUUAUUUCAAUCGAAUUUUUCUAAUUUAGAAAAUGCUGAACAAACACCGUUCAUAUUAAACAAUGAUGAAAUAAUAAGCGAAUUUCCAUAUGAGAACAGUUUUGAAAAUCAUGAUUUAUAUUCCGUUACUGAUCAUCGAAAGAUAACAUAUUAUUUACAUUCAAAUGAAAAUUCUAAUCAAUCAUAUCGUCUUGUAUUAAGGCGUUCGCAACAAGAGAUGAUCUAUUUAAACCAAUCGUAUUUAAUUGAUCCCAAAGACAAUCCAAUCAUUGAUAUAAAGGCUAAACACUUUCGUGAAGCAAAAUAUGAAGAUAAUGAAAAAUAUUUCAAACCUACAAAAGAUAACUAUGGUCUUGGAUAUAUUGAACAUUUAAAUGUUGAUGAUGGUACUGCUUCAUUUGUUUAUACGAUUCUAAUCGGACAUGAACAAUCGAAUCAAUGGAUGGAAGAAUUUUCGCAUUCAUCAAAAGAUCCUUGGGCAUCAACAGAUUUAACCGAUUUACCCCCUUCACUUAUUUUAUCAAAAAGUGAUGAUACACAUAUUUUUUAUGAUCGAGAUACUGAUACAACAUGUUACACAUGUUAUUCUACAGAUCGUUUGGAAGUUAACAUUGGUCUUGUCCGAUCAUUUGAACAGCCAUGUAUGGCAAUGGUACGUGGUCGUGGACCAGGUACAAUUACAGUUAGCAUUGCAACGACUGAUUUUACGUUCAAUAAAACAAUGUCAAUGGUGCUCAAAGGCAAAUGGGUUGAUGCCGAACUACAAAGCGAUGAUGAAAAUGGUUCUGUUCAUGUAAGAACAGAAGCUACGGCUGAUGAUGACACAAAAGUUACUGUUUGGCAACGAAUCUAUAUGCCUGUCGAAUUUGAAAUGUCUCAACGAUACGAUUAA